AUGUUGGUGGGUCGAAAGAAUGCGGGUCAAGGACUGCUCUCCUGCUCAUGCUAUCCGGACGAUUUCAAGGAGAAGCAGGGCCAUUGGACUGACGUCCGCCAUCACUGCAAGCGGGUAUGGAGGAAUGGUAAUAGUUGCAGGGCAAAAGGUGGAUAUGCACAAGCUUUGUGCGGAAAGCUCGAUGACCCAGCAGCUCGCGACUGGGAGGACCGCUCGGCCGACGGCUGGUACUGGUCCGACAAGGAGGAGGGUCCGGUGGCGAGCUGUCCUUCUCCGAAAGUCCUAGUUGGGUGCUGGUGCCAGUCUCUCAGCGGUUCCGAGAAGGAAUGCGCUCGCCUCUGGACGGAUGGUAACAACUGCCGCGCCACAACGGGCCCUGGGAGAGUUGUCCGAGUUCAUGCCAGAAUCAAGAUCUUCGCCCGAUGCGCAGACGUUCGGUCAUCUGCUCUCAUUCUCGCUGGCAUCAACCUGACGCGGGUCGUGUCCAGCAAUUUACUCCAGGAUGCGCCUGCGGAGACCGACUCUGUGAUCAUGUCAAAGUCCUUCCGCUAUGUGCACUUGUUCCAGCAGUGUGAUGCACUGCUGCUCAUGGGCGGAAUCGGGGUGGAGCACUGUGCUCGGCCGGCUUACCGCGAGCCCAGCUCCCAUGCAUGGCGUGGAAAGCGGCCUCUGCCCUCCAGCUUCCUGCAUGGCACGGAGCUGACUGUCGGUUGUUGGCAGGAGCGCUAUCAGUCCUUCCGUGCGGGCUAUCGCCACACUGCAGAGACUCUGCACUGUGUAAACGGAGACUGGUACAACUCCUUGCAGCUUCCCGAACUGACAGCCUUCUCUUGUGAGCCAUGCGUUCUCGUCGCUGGGAAAGGUUACACUAACUACGCGAAGAGGAACCAGCAAGAACUCUACUACUUCAGCCGCAUGGCAAUGCGCGUGUACACUGAAUUGGGUUCUCUGGCAGCCACGCAUGGUGCCGCACAGAAGUACUGCCUCAUGAAGGGCACCGGUGGCAGUUCCUCAGGUGGCAACAUGACGCUGAUGGCUGCAUCCGCUUGUCCCGAAAUCCUGGCCAUGCAAGUUGUGGGCUCGGCCGAAGUCGAGGACCGCAUGAUGGCUCUGCUGGACUUUGGCAUCCCUGACAACGGCCUGGAAGCGGUGCCCGGGGACGAUGGUAUCAGCCCCAGCCUGGCCUACAAGAAGUGUGAUCUGGAGAACGCGCAGCAGCUCAUUUCGCCGAUGGCCGUCCCUGGUGUUAUGUGGGAUAUGCACAAGGAAGCGGACCGGACUCUUGGCGAGGAUUUCCACAAGGCUUACGGGUCCUAUUGCGGCGCCCAUGGAGCUUUGGCCUCGCUUGCCUUCGGCCAGGUUUUCGGAGGGGACACCUCCGGGCUGAAGUCGACGUGCCACUUCGCACCAGUGAUCAAGUUCGGAGAGUUCAUGGACACGUCGAUCACCUACGACAAGCGAAGUCAGGACUGGCCUGAAUGGAACACGCUCUUGGCCGACUCCCCGGUACUAUGCCCAGAUGGAGAAGCUUUGACGGGCUUUAAGCUUCUGCCUGCACGCAACAUCUUCCGGUUUGAGUGCAGCCGCAUCGGUGGGUUGGGGCAGACCUUCGAGUACUUCAGUGCCCAAGUGGAAGUGAAGAAGUUUGACCUGAAGAGAGCGAAUUGGAUUAAUGCACUGCGGAUGAUCAAGGUGGAUUGUGGUGCUGAUGCCUUGCUCAGCGGCUUCCACUUCGAGUUUUCCGAGGGCGGACGCUGGGCCCGCUCCAAGUACACUUGUGCGAAAGCCGGCGGCGCUCCUGUUGUCAUGGAGCCCUCCACGACCAUCGAAAGCAUGACGCAAGCACCGGAAGGUGUUUUCUGUCCUUUGGAGCCAGACGCCCACACCGGACGAUACAAGUACGUAAAUACACUCACUGGUGACACCCUGUCUUUCGAGAGGAACGGCGAGUGGUGUGUGGGCCCGGACUGCUCGUCGCCGGUUGGUGGUGCCAAUCCCGUGGGUGUUUUGAUGACGAUGCUCGAGGUUCUGAAUGUCACAAACUUUGACGGGCACUUCGAGGCCAAGGGUGUCCCCUCCAUGGAAGCAGGGGGAAUGGACGACUUGGCCAAGAAGCUUAAGGCGAUUAAACCGCCGAAGCGGCCAGCGCAGCCGGCUAAGCCCAAAUUACAGGACUUCAAGGCAGAGAUGCCCAAGUACGCAGACGAGUGCCUCGACUACGGGGAGUUGUGGAACACGCUCACCGAAACACACACAAACGCAGACAAGGAGGAGAUCGUGGAAGAGUCGAAGCUAGAGCCCGAUGCAGGCACUGUCGACGCCGAGCUGCCAGACGUCCACCCCUGCGAGAUUGUACAGACCACGCAAUUUGGAAUAUUUGGAAGGCUGGGACACGGUGACGGCAAGGGUUCGCCUCCCAACCUUCUCUACAAGGAUUGGAUUCGGUGUAUGCAAGGGGACAUCAAUCGAGAUAUGCUCUCUGGCUAUAUGGAGUUCGGCAACAGCCUCUACCACAGCAUUGCCAACGUUGUUCACUCUGCAGUCAAGCUGGUUUGCGCAGCCCUUCCUAGCACAGUCAUUGCCCCACUGGGCGUUGGUGUCGAGCCCCAGCCGCCCAAGAUCUGUUCCGAAGUUACGGACUUAGUACGAACCAUAGUGGAUCUUCCCUUUGACAUCUCCAAGCAAGCAGUGGAUCUCCAAGUUGAAAUAGAAGGAUACAAGGCCUGCAAUCCCUACGAGGCUGGCUUCUCACGGCUCUUUUGUGACAUCCACUGUGUGCGUGACGCCGUCAUCCGUGGCGACCGCACCAUUCUGCGGAACUUGGAACAGGCUACCAAGAUCUCGAAUGACAACAUGAGGAAGAUGGUGGAGUGGUCCACGGAAGCAACCAGGACGGAAACAGAAUACCUGGACAAGAAGAUCGACCACUCCCUCAAGAUCAACACCAUCUACUUGCACCACAUUGCCCAGAACACACAGCCCAAAGAAGAGGAGCUCUUGCAGAAUGCGGUAACUGCCACGGGGUCCAUGCUCGCCGAGCUCAAGGGCUUUGCCGAGAUCUCCUCCUUGGGCGUGUCCCGUGUUGCUGCCGGGGACGCUCUGACAAGGUUUCUUUCCGCCGCGGAGCCUCUGGUCGAGGGCAACGCCACACGUACCGGCCAGGUGCAGAAGUUCCAGAGUCUCAUGUCGGACCUGUACCAGACGAUGCGGGCAUCCACGGGUGGGCUCACGAAGGCGCAGGCCGUAGGACGCCAGGUCGCCCGCGAGGCUCAGCAGCUGCAGGAGCGGACGCGUCGGCAAGCUCAGGUCUUGGGCAUUUAUCGGGCACACAGUCGCGACGCACACAAGGCUGCAAAGUCCUGGGCCCGAAUGGAUGCGGAGCGGACCCUGGUGACGUUGGACAAGUUGUGGUGGCACAUCAGGGACAGGCUGGACCGCUAUAUUGACAUCGCCGGAGCCGAGAUCACCCAGCUUGAACGUUCCCUCACCACACUGGCCGAGUACGAGAAUUGCAAAGCAGGCACUUUGGACUUGCUGCAAUCAUACUCCUCCGGCAUGAAGUCGAUGCGCCGGAGCCGCGCUCAGCUUCGAGCUGUGUGGCGGGAGACAUCCAAUCUGAUGGGCGAGCUUGCGGCGAUCAUCAGUGAUGGCGAUGUCUUCGGGAGCCUCAUGGCUGCUGAGGGCUGCAAGUCUGCCUUGGCGGCGCAGACACUGGAUCAAAUUCGUUUCGUGCUGCAAGACUCCGGCUUCUUGAUCCACCGCUUCGAGGCGGCCAACCUACCGCAGCCAGAUGUCUCCGUGUUGCAGGCCGCAGUAAAGCAGAUCCACGCCGCCUACGACGCGGCAUGGUCAUCUUGCCAUGCAAACGGCCCUCGCAACACAUAA